AUGGGGAGGAUGGGAUGUAAGCCAGAUCAGCAGCUAACACAACGCACAGGACAACCUGGUGAGAUGGAGGAGGAAGUGGUUCAGGACGAAAACCACAGUGACCGCAGCCUCCAUGUGUUAGGAAAUUACGAGGAUUCAUACAGUGAAAGUCAGGACAGCGAGGUCAAUAACCAAUCACAGAGCAUCAAUCAACAGCAAGAAGAGAUGGGAGACAACAGGGGUGCUGACAGUAAUAUAAGAAAGAAGAAAGUAAAAUGGCCCAACAGUAACAACAAAAGCAACUGGGAACAGUUUGACAAAGAUGUGGAUGCAAUUCUGAACACAACCCUUGCAGGCAGUAUUGACAGGAAAAUAGAAGCUAUGACAUCAAUUAUAUACAGCGUAGGUCUAGACAGGUUUGGUGCAGAACAAAGGAAAAAGUCACAAAAAGAAGGAAGGAAGAACAGGAGAGAGAGGGAAAUAGCAAAGAUGAGGAAAGACUUGCGGCAGCUUCGUAAGCAGUAUAGGAAGGCUACCGAUGAGGAGAAACCGGCCCUAUCACAGUUACGAAAUAACAUCAGGGAACAUCUCAAGAUAGCAAGAAGAGCAGAGAGAAGUAGGCGUAGAAGGAAACAGCGAGACAGAGCAAGAGCAAGAUUCACAGCAGACCCAUUUCAGUUUACAUCAAGAUUACUAGGAAAUAAAGGGUCCGGAUCAUUGAAAUCUUCGAAGGAAGAUGUUGAGAAGUAUUUGAGGGAGAUGCACAAAGAACCAAAUCAACCCUUUGAUGAAUCACCACCAAAACUAAAAGAAGUAGCAGAUGUUAUCAAGAAAGCUAGAGCAGCAUCAGCACCAGGACCAAAUGGUGUUCCUUAUAAAGUUUAUAAGAAUUGUCAACGGUUGACAAAGCGCCUCUGGAAACUGAUAAGAGUGAUUUGGAGGAGGGGCAGAUUGGCAGAUAGCUGGUACAGAGCAGAAGGCUGUUUUAUUCCCAAAGAAGAGAAAUCAGAGGCAUUGAAACAAUUUAGGACUAUAUCGCUCCUGAACGUAGAAGGGAAGAUAUACCUCACAAUUUUAGCAAGGAGAAUGUCUAGGUACAUGCUUGAGAAUCAGUAUAUUGAUAUCGCUGUGCAGAAGGGAGGAGUACCCGGAGUAUCAGGAUGUAUUGAGCAUACAAGUGUACUGACACAGAUUAUCCGGGAAACAAAGGCGUCAAAAGGGGAGUUGGCAGUCAUCUGGCUAGAUCUAGCCAAUGCAUAUGGGACAGUUCCCCAUUAA